AAAGGGAAGUGUUUCUUGUCCAUGUCUCUUUCUUCAAUUGGUAUAAAACCCAACCCUUCUACACCAUAUCAUUUCUACACUAAAUUAGCUAUUCGCAUUCAAGAAGACAAAUCCAUGGCUGCAACCCAGAAGACAGUUCUAAUAACCGGGGUGACCAAAGGGAUAGGACGAGCCUUGGCAUUGGAGUUGGCAAAACAUGGCCAUCUAAUUAUUGGUUGCGGCCGCGACAAAACCGAUUUGGAUUCACUUCAACUACAACUCUCUAAUGCUUCCCCACAAAACCAUUUGCUCUUCGUCGCUGAUGUGAAGUCAGAUGACAGCAUCCGACAAAUGGCACACACGGUCCGGGACAAACUUGGUUCUCUUGACAUCAUUGUGAAUAAUGCAGGUGUGAGUACUGCAAAUUUGAAGUUUUGGGAGGUUCCUGGCGAAAUGUUUGAUAAUGUAAUCGACAUAAACAUAAAAGGGGCAGCAAAUGUGUUGCGUCACUUCAUUCCUCUUAUGCUUCCUAGGAAUCAAGGAAUUAUUGUGAACAUAUCUUCUCUGUAUGGAAGAACUGUGGGUCCCCUGGCUUCGGCUUAUUGCGCUUCCAAAUGGGCGAUUGAAGGUUUGAGUAAAUCAAUUGCAAAAGAGCUACCACAUGGAAUGACCAUUGUAGCGUUAGAUCCUGGCAUUAUCAAUACGGACAUGGCUGUUGCCUAUUUUGGCGAUUUGGCUUCCCAAUACCAAUCUCCUCAAGAAUGGGCCCUGAAAGCAGUUUCCAUGAUUCUAAAUAUUACAACCGCUGAUAAUGGUGCAACUCUUAUUGUUCCUGAUCCUGGUGAUCUUCUAGAUAUUCCAUUUUUGUUGCAAAAGAGAGAGGGAGAGAAAAAAGACCCAAGGUAAUAAUUGAAUAACAUAAAACAUUAUUAGUCUACUUGAAAUAUUCCCGGAAGUAUUCUUCUUUGUCCUACAUUUUCAUACUUUCUACUUUUAGUUUUCAAGUACUUUAAACUAUUGUAAUUUUAUCUUAAUGUCUCUUCCAUUAAUAAAAACUACUAUUAAGUUUA